CAAAAAUUACGCUUCCGGUCUGAGUGCGAAAGGCGGAACAAGCGGCCCCACAGAGGGAACAAAGGACGACUGGCUGAGUUAAUCACUAUGGAAAUAGCCUGCUCUCCUUAGCCCAGUCUCCAGCCACGAUGUCAAAACGACCAUCAUAUGCCCCUCCCCCUCCCCCUGCCCCCACAACACAAAUGCCUUCCACCCCAGGGUUUGUGGGCUACAACCCUUACAGCCAUCUGGCCUACAACAACCUCCGGCUGGGAGGGAGCUCCGGAGGCUCCAGCAGGAACUCCUCAGGCAUCACCGUCCCAAAGCCCCCCAAACCGCCAGACAAGCCACUGAUGCCUUACAUGCGGUACAGCCGGAAGGUAAGCAGGAAGGUAUGGGACCAAGUGAAGGCAUCCAACCCAGACCUGAAGCUGUGGGAGAUUGGAAAGAUUAUUGGAGGGAUGUGGAGGGACCUGACUGAUGAAGAGAAACAGGACUACCUGAACGAGUACGAAGCUGAGAAGAUUGAGUAUAACGACUCUUUGAAAGCAUACCACAACUCACCAGCCUACCUUGCCUACGUCAACGCGAAGAACCGGGCCGAGGCUGCAAUGGAGGAGGAGAGCAGGCAGAGGCAGAGUCGUAUGGACAAAGGAGAGCCAUACAUGAGCAUUCAGCCCGCUGAAGACCCUGAUGACUACGACGAUGGUUUUUCAGUGAAGCACACAGCAGCAGCUCGCUUCCAGAGGAACCACCGGCUCAUCAGUGACAUCCUCAGUGAGAUUGUGGUGCCUGAUGUGCGCUCAGUGGUCACCACGGCCCGCAUGCAGGUCCUGAAGAGGCAGGUCCAGUCUCUCAUGGUGCACCAGAGAAAGCUGGAGGCAGAACUUCUGCAGAUUGAAGAUCGCCACCAAGACAAGAAAAGACGCUUCCUGGAGACCACUGACUCGUUCAACACUGAACUCAAGCGGCUGUGCAGUCAGAAGGUGGAGGUGGACAUGGACAAGUUAGCAGCAGAGAUGGCUGCUGCCGAAGAGGCGGCCAAGCGCCGGGCGGAGGAGAGAGAGCGCGAAGCGGCCGAGCAGGCAGAGAAAGCUGCUCAGCAGGCUCAACAGCAGCAACAACAGGAGGCUGCUGGAAACAAAGCCGCAGAGCAGAGCAGCACCAGUGCUAGCAGCACAGCUACCCCCGCCUCAGGGACCAAAGAGGAGGACAAGCCCACACCAAUGGAGACAGAUGAGGCGGCACCUGCAGAGCCUCCCUCAGACCGCCAGGCUGCUCCACCUCCUCCAUCUGACCCCCCCUCUUCUGCCUCUGAUAAAGCAACCCCUCCUACUGAGCCCCCCAGGGAGAGCAGCACUCCUAGCAGCAGUGCCCCCAGUGAUGACAGCAACAGCAGCAGCAUGCCCCCUCCUUCCUCAGACAGCACUCCUGGAGCAGCGGCCCCCGACCCCCCAGCAGCCCAGGAAGCCAACUCCAGUGCAGCUAACCCCAAUGUGGCCGCAGCGCCUCCGCCUCCCCCUGCCUCAGAAGAACCAGCCCCUCCACCACCACCACUACUACCCCCCAGCCAGGGCAGCCAACAGUAUGAUAUGUAAUGGUCAGCUAGAUACUCAGUGGUAGCUGUAGAAGUCCUCCCUGCGCUGCAGCUGUCCUGUAGUCCCGCCCCGGCUGCAGCUGCGGCGCUGUGGUCGUGCAGCAGGACUGGUGUGGCGGCUCUAUCACAACAGAUUUUGUGGAUGAGAAGUGUUGAAUGGUUGAAGGUCUAAUAGUAUGGUCAAUAAAUAGCUAAUAUGUGUUUCAUACAAGAGUGGUGUAGGGGUUUCAUCAGCCAGCCUCAUAUAGCUGGACCAAACACAGAUUAGGUUUCACUGGAAUUUGCGUACAUUUCCUUUAAAUUGACUCGGCAUGCCUGGUUUGACGAUGAGAGCGAAUGAAUUGAAAUGUCACCAAAGAGUAAAGCAGUUGGCCACUUUGUGCUCCAGUCAUUGUACAAACCGCUCCUCUUUUCUGAUCAUGUCACGUGUUGGAUUUCAAGUAUAAGACAACCACAUAAACACUUAAAACAGGACACCUGGAGGCUGUAAAAGGCCAAAUGCUCAGCAAUAACUCCCAAUGGCUGCUAGGAUGUCAAAUACAGGUUUUAACUCAGCGUCACAUCACUGUCAAGGCUGUCUGUUACAGUUUACUGUCUAAAGUCAUCCAUGAAUCCUCAGACACAUUUCCAGUUGGCUGCUCCACAUUCACAGCCUUAAAGCUGACCUUUGACCCAGGUUUUAUGUCUGCUUGGGUUGGCCAAAAGUCAAAAGUAAUUAUGCAUAGCACCACAACAAUGGUUUUCACUAUUUUGGCUUGAAAACUGAAAGCAUUCGAUUAUCAAAACAGUGGCAGAUUCUUUUUCUGCCCGCCAAGUCAUCGUUAAAUUGACUAAUUGCUUAAGCUAUAAUUCUACAUCACUGUGCUGCCGUGUGAAGGACCAGCUGCAACAUUGCUAGUGUUUCAAGCAGUCACGUCUGUGGUUCUCCAUAAUACUCGUCUCUGACACCAGGAGAGCUUGAUUUCAGGAGCUGCUGGUGUGGAGAAGGCAUGCUGACGGCUGCUUUUCAUCUCCAUACAUAGUUCAAAUGCAGACCUCAGAUAACUCCCACUGUAUAGACUUUGUACUGUUGGAUGUGGCUGAAUUGUUUGAGUUACACAUACUUGUAUAUUGCUCAGUUUUGAUGUAUAAACCUUUAAACCAGCCCUUAUAUUUUUCUUAAUAAGACCACAGCUGCAAACUCAAGGGGUACAUUACAUAAUUGAUAUUUAGAGUAUGACUUGCCUGAAAGCUCAGUGUGUGUUCUGGUGAUAAAGGGCAACCUCACAUGAAAGGACCUCAACCCACCCACCCCCCAUUUAAAACCUCAGAAUUUUGUAGUUCAUCAGUUUGUGUGUUUUCCAGAACUACUACUGUUAUACUGCUUUGUGUUUUUAGAGAUCUAGUGGAACUUUUUAGAUGCAUAUAAGCAAAAUCAGCCUUCUUAUAAAAACCUGUACUCUUGAAUCAGAUUGACUUGACUGGGGAUGACACGUCUUGUUAUAGUGCAGAUUGUUUCCUCGUCUCUAGUUAACAUGGAUGAAGGCACAUUUUAAUUAUUAGUGCACCCACAUUGUGCAUGCUCUACCAAAUGCUUACCAUAACCCUGCAAGCAUUUGAACAAUUUCUGAAGUCUCGGUCGCAGACUCGAGGCUGCCGUUAAGUGAUAUGUGAAACGUAAGAAGUGUAGGACCACACACAGUAUGUGUGCAAGAAACAAAAAAAUGAAAUGACGGGCAUGCCUCCAAGGUGCUUUUUAAAAUGUGUGGAUGAUGAAAUGACAUCGGGUGUAAAAAGUCGGCAUGGAUGUUUGUUCCCUGUAUUCAUUACAUUUAUGUAGAAGAACUGACACCCACGCAGUUAGCAUUUAAUCUGUAAGAGCUUCUCUCCCAGUUGAGGCUGUUUUUUUUAAAGACUACUUUCCUCCUUUAGACUGCAUAUUCUUAUUGACCCCACAAGCAUUUAACUUCAGCAGAGAAAUGCACACGCUACCCUCAUCCAAACCUAACCUCAGUCACUUGUGCAUUUAAAGGACUGUUUUCUUACUUGAAUUGGACUGUUUUUAGUAAUAUGCCUCUGUUUUUUGCAUCUUUCUUUUAUACUGUCUGAACUUAACUAUCCAAAUAAAAAUGAUUCUCAGUCUUUGA